AGCGAUUUAAUAAAUUUGGAAAAUUAAUUCAUUAUUUUAAUUAGUAAUUCAUUAAAUAAAAUAAUCAGACUCAUAGUGAAGUUAGAAAUUAAUGUCAAAACAAUUUGGCAUAAAAUGACAAUUAUUCAUUUUGAUCGAUUGAGGUUAAAAUUAAGUUUUAUUAAAGUUCAAAUUGAAUUUGCGUGACUGGUUUAUUGAUCACCGCAACAAUAAAAGCUAUCAUGUCGUUGAAUUAAUCAUAAUAAAAUAAACCCACAUCUUGUAUUGAUUUCAAAUGCUUUAUACAUACACUUUCAAUAAAUUUUUAUCUCUUUAUUUCUUUUUUAUUUCAGAUGAAUCUAAUGUUCUUUUUCAUCAUCAUCAUUGGAUGAUUUAUAUAUUUUACAAUUGAACGAACGAAAUAAAGUAAAAGAAGAGCGAUGGAAAAAUAUGAACAACUUGCGAUGGUCGGUGAAGGUUCUUACGGUGUAGUUUUAAAAUGUAAACAUAAAGAAACGGAUCAAAUCGUUGCGGUGAAGAAAUUUUUAGAAACCGAAGAAGAUGCGGCGGUUAGAAGAAUGGCUUUGAGGGAAAUACGAAUGUUAAAGAAGUUACGCCACGAAAAUUUGGUGACAAUGAUCGAGGUGUUUCGACACCGAAAACGUUUCUAUUUGGUUUUUGAAUAUUUAGAGGGAACGCUUUUGGAUGAAUUAGAAAAAAUGCCUUCGGGGUUAGGGGAUGAUCGUUGUCGGGAGAGGAUUUAUCAAGUGACGAGGGCGAUUAAUUUUUGCCAUUCGAAUCAUAUAAUUCAUCGCGAUGUUAAACCUGAAAAUGUUUUAGUAUCAUCGCUUGGAGUUGUAAAAUUAUGCGAUUUUGGUUUUGCACGGUUAAUAUCAUUAAAUGGGGAGCCAUGUACUGAAUAUGUAGCGACGAGGUGGUAUCGGGCCCCUGAAUUAUUGGUUGGGGAGCAGCAAUAUGGAUCAGCCGUCGAUAUUUGGGCCAUCGGCUGUUUAUUUGCUGAAAUGAUGACAGGGGAUCCCUUAUUUCCCGGUGAUAGUGAUAUUGAUCAAUUAUAUCUUAUAAUAAAGUUAAUUGGAAAGCCUUGUGCGCGUCACCAAAGCCAAAUGUCGAAGUGUAGUCAUUUAAGAUCGAUUAUGAAGUCGGCAAUGAAUGAAACAAACGGAUUGUACAAAAAGUUUUCGAGUUGGUCUCUUUUAACAUUGGAUUUUUUGGUUUCUUGCAUGAGAAUGGAUCCGAUUUCACGACCGUCGUCUGAAGAAUUAUUAAAACACAAUUAUUUUACUCACGAUAGAUUCCCUCACAAAUUUUUACCCGCUUUAAGAGAGAAAGUUUUAAUCGAAUUCAACUCUAACCCCCUUCUAAGAAAAUGCAAAGCCGAUGUUUUAUUAUCAACCGAUAAAAAAGAGGAGAUUCGCCAAAGAAGAUCGUUACAGGUUGAACCCCCAAAGUGGAAGGUUUCAUUAACAGAGGGAAGCAUUAAAAGGAAAUUUAGUUGCGAUGCAAUAACAUCGGAAUCUCUCUCCGAUAAAUUUAAUUCAAAUAAAAGCAUUAGUCAAAAAUCAAGCCAAAAAUAUCAAAUCAAUUCGAGUUAUUUCAUUAAACCAAAACCAAAACAAUUAAUAGUUGAAUCAAUUAGCGAAUCAAAAUUGGAAAGGUCUCUCGAUAACAUAAUGUACUCUGAAAUAAAAGAAAUCCCUCCAGAUGCGUCUCCCCAAACUGAACCAUCACAAAUAAACGUCAGUUUAAGCGUAAACAGUUUAAAAGAUACUAAAAAGUCGCCGAAUUUUCUUCAAAAUAUUCAAGGAACUUCAAUUAAACAAACAUUCCAUCAAGUUCCAUUGAUUCAUCCUCCAAGAGGGGGGCAUAUUUUGAAAAAACUGGAUAAAAACAUUGUUUUAGAUUCGAUAUUCAUGAAUUUAGAGCCCAUUACGGCGAAAGAGAAGAGUCAAAAAACAACAAAAAUGAAUUUAAACUAUCAAAAAGACGAAUUUUCACUCCCAAAUUUAACAGUGAGUCCGAAUAAAACGAAGAAAAAGCAAAGUUUAGGUGAUGAAGUCACUCCGAGAAUUAAAUCAUCCACGUCUCAUCAAUCAUCAAAAAUCUUCGCAAAUUUUCCUUCGAUGUAGCUAUAUUAUCGUUUAUAUUUAUAUAAAUCUUGUAAAUAUUUAAUUUUAUUAUAAACUUUUCUUUAUAGGAUUUUAGAUACAAAAAGGCAAAACGCAAGUAUAUUAAUUUGGAUUUUAACCCAGGAAAUUAAUAUUAUUAAUAAUAAAUUAAUAAAAAGAUAUUUUAAAUAAAAUAAUUUUAAAUA